AUGAUACAAAAAUGCAAAGAAAAACCUCAGAUAACUCACAGCCAACUGACCCUCGGACUGACUGACUAUCUAUCUAUCUAUCUAUCUAUCUAUCUAUCUAUCUAUCUAUCUAUCUCAGUCUUAAUCUAUCUAUCUAUCUAUCUAUCUAUCUAUCUAUCUCAGCCUGUUAUCUGUUGGUAUCUAUCUCAAUAUGUUUCUAUCUAUCUAUCUAUCUCAGCCUGUUAUCUGUUGCUAUCUAUCUCAAUAUAUCUAUCUAUCUCAAUUCGUCCUUAUCUAUCAAAUCCUGGGAGGACCCCUCAACAUCUAUCUAUCUAUCUAUCUAUCUAUCUAUCUAUCUAUCUAUCUAUCUAUCUAUCUCAAUUCGUCCUUAUCUAUCUAGUUAUGUACACUAUCUCUCUCUCUCUCUCUAUCUUUCUCUCUAUCUACUUCUCUGUCUCAGCCUGUUCUUAUCUGUUGGUAUCUAUCUAUCUAUCUAUCAUUAUUUUUCUCCUUUUCCUCGUCCAUUUUUUCUUCAGAUUCAUUGUUCAUCUUUAUUUUCACUAUUUUGUUUGGGAUUUCCGUUUUUCUCUCUCGUUUUUCAAAUCCUUGUUCUUUUUUUCGAUGAACCAGUCCAUCUAA